AUGAACUACCGACUACUGACGCUCGUUUUGUUGCCGCUGCUGACGCGUGCCGUUGAACUGAAGAAUCCGUUCGACAUCAAUAUUCUCCCCUAUUCCGGAUAUGUAUGCGCAUUCGGCGAUAUCGAUGGAGACCGGUACACUGACAUCCUGACGUUCGUGGCGAACGAAACCUCCGCUGAGCUCAUAUGGUUGAAUCAAGAACAAAAUGGACAGCUGUCCAACGAGUCUUCGCAAGUGAUAACGCUAGAGGGGAACGCUGCCGAUUGGAUGUCGAACAAGCCGAUCUGCACUGUCGGAGACUUUGAUGGCGACAGCAUCCUGGACUUACUUGUGUCGAGGAAGACAGCAGCAGGCUAUGAGAUCGUCGCGCUGUAUCUGCUUCAUUGGGAAGUUGGCCGCCGGUACAAAUAUGAAAAGCUCAAUUUGUGCAGCUUCGGGACGACCAAAUUCCAGGAGGAACCGAACUUUUUCGAUUUCAAUGGCGAUGGUUUGGCCGACAUCAUCGGGAUCGACGAUAAGCAAAGCGUUUAUUGCCAGUUAGGCUAUGAACGGCCGAUCUCCAACCCGACUGCUUGUACCGAGGACGGUUCGAAAGCAUGCACCCAUAAUUUCAUUGAUUGGAAACCGAAGACCCAGGCAGAAGGAAUCCCCUGGAUGUUCGUCGAUCUGGAUUCGGACCUGUCGGCGGAAAUUAUCAUCCCUGUCCGCCAAGCUGAGGAGCGUCUCGGCCUCGAGGUUUGGCGAAGGGCGACAAAAGUUCCGGGAAAGGAAAAUUCGGCAUGGGUUCUGAGCCCGAAGUUUAUCCCGGACAUACCGAGCGAUCACAACUACUUCGGUGCACCCCUGAUAGCCGAUUUCGAUGGAGACUCCCGAAUUGAAAUUGUCGUCCCUGUUUGCAAGGAUGAACGCUGCGAUAAGGUCACAGCGCUUCUAUUUUCUGAAGCUCUCUGCACGGAGGCGUCAAGCGACUGCCGCACGUCUUCGUGGGAAUCGAUGAGCAUCGACUUGUUUGACGUCAAAAUCAUCCGUUCGCCCGAGUCGUAUGUCCUAUUCCGAGUGGGCGAUUUCGAUCUGGACGGAUUUCCAGACCUCGUUGGCACUUUCACCACGGGCAAUGAGACGAUGCCAAAAAUCUUGAACAACGAGGAAUGUGCGGACUGUGGCCUGAAUCUGACGCGCAAGUUUUCGUUGAAGAAGAACGCGCCGUCCUUCAUUUUGCCGAAAGAAGUGAGCUUAGGCAAGUCGCUGCUCAGCUCAUUCUUUGACCUGAAGGAGGAUGGAAAUUUGGACAUUCUGGUCGAAUACGAAUUCGGAGAUCAAAAGAAGUUCAGCUUCAUACCGUCCAAGGAUAAGGGCGACACGACGUUCCUGAAGGUACAGACUUAUACAAACGUCUGUGGGCCUGUGCCGUGCCGACCCGACGCUAAGGGUAACGAAGUCGGCUCCGGUAUUUCGUGGCCGGGAGCUUGCGUCCGCUUCGAAAUGACUGAUUCCUGGACGAACGGGAAGAAGGAGGGUGUCUCGUGCCAACUAUCAACAUCCACUCAUCGCUCGCUGGGAUCGCCAUAUACUCUUUUCGGACUUGGGCGCAGUCCGAAUUUCGUGGACAAGAUCGUCGUGGGCGCGCCACGACAAGUUGGCCGCGGGCAAUCUGGCACCUUCACACAGUUAGUGCCGAAUUCUCGGAUAUUCGUCAUCCCGCCGAAAGAGCCAGAUGGAACAUGGGCUCAUCGAUUGUUCGUCACCCCGUCACAGUUGAUAAUCCAGUCGCUGAUUGUCCUGGCAUCUGUCUGCCUAUUGUUGCUCCUCGUCGCCAUAUUCCUUCACAUAAGAGAGCGGAAAGAAGAUAAAGUCGAACGCCAAGCUCAAUCUCAUAGAUUCCACUUCGAUGCGAUG